UGUUCCAAGUGACACUAUGGACAAAGAGCUCCGGAGACCAUUCACUUCACGUUCCCUUCCAGGUGAACGUAUUACUCCAAGUAGUCUACCUGCCUCUCUAUCUACCCCUAUAACUUUUCAUUCACAAAAUUCCGCUUUAAUGGCUCCAACUGUGCAACAAGCUAUCUGUCCCGAAGAUCAUUUCGCUAAACACAGGAGAACUCGUCGAAGUCUUUCUACUUCUUCUUCUAGUCAAAGUUUACUCAAAAGAAGUUUAUCUUAUAAACCUCGAUCUCAAUCAAAUACGUCCCCGGCUACUGAGAGUGACGCAAGUAAUAGGUCUUCAUUUGAAGACUUUGAUUAUUCAACUCCUGGUACUCCUUAUACUAGUCCAACUUCUGGUUUGAAUUCUGGUUCAAAUUCGAGCUGCAGUUCUUUGAACAAUUUAUAUUUUACUUCUUUAUCGCCAGGUGGCGCAAGUCAUCAUGCUUUUCCUUUUUAUCAAAGAGAAAGGCAUCAUUCGCGUAAACCUUCUUUUCAAAAAUCUCCUGCUAUUCGUUUUUUUCCUGAUUUAUCUGUCGACGCUGAAGAAAAUCGUCUUAGUAAUUUACAUAUUAUUGAUGAAGGUACUCCUGAUUUUACUUAUCCAAAAGUUAAACGAAAACUUUUUAAAGACCUCGAAGAAACAAAACGUCGUGCUGAUAAAAGUAUUGAGAAUUUAUUAGAUCAUUGGUAUAAGUCUUAUCAAUAUCAAGAACUUUUAGGUGAACUUUUAUAUGUUGAUGAGGGUAACGAUUUUUAUAGUAAUGAUAAUAAACGGGUAUCUUUUCAUUCUCAAAAGAAUAGUAAUCAAAAAGUUUUGGGUAAAACUGUGGUCAUUAGUGAUACAGAUGAUGAGACUUUUCCUCCUUAUAAAUCUUUAUUGGAAAAUAAAUCAAAAACAAAUAAUGAACUUUCUAAAAAUAAAUUUACUAAUAAAAUGGAAUCUAUAUCAUUACAUGGUGAUAAUAAACCAAGGAAUAUUCUUCCAAAGAGAAAAAAUUCUGAAAAAAGAAUGAUACGUUCUUAUACUUCAUCUCAUACGCAUCUAUUGACGCGAAUUGAUUGUAUUGCACGUCGUAUUCUUAAGACUGCUGUUAAUGAUUUAAUACAUUAUAAUGUUGCUGUCGAAAUCAUGAAAGAACUUCAAGAACUAAUGGAGUCACAAAGAAAGAUGGCUGUUGGUAAUGCCGAUGCUGAAGAAUUGUUGACAAGAUUAGUUUAUGUUUUUGCGGAUGUAGCAAGAGCCGUUGAGGCUGUGAAACAUUCUUUUGCUGAAACAAAUCCUGAACUUUCAGGAGAUGGUGUAAUAAAAGAUGAUUUAUUGACAUCUGGUCAUGAAUGGUUAUUACCUUCACCAUUAUCAUCUCCAUCACUUCCUUUAACUCCUUCCUCAUACUCCCCACCACGAACAUUAUUUCAAAUACAAGAACGACGUAAAUCUUCUGCUGAAUUUGAUGGAAAAUCAAAUUCACCUUUACCUCCUACAUUUUCAUCUCCAUUGGCUCGUCAUGUUUUGAUGCCCCCAAAAAUACAUGCAAAAGAUUCUCUUGAAAGACAUCGUGAAUUUGCUAUGGAAGCUGUAUUUGAGAGUCCAAUAAUGUAUGUCCCUCCUCCAACAAAUAUGGAAGAACUUUUUACUUAUAGUAUAACAAGAAAACAAGUAGAUCAAAUGAUUCAUGAAGAAAUGAAUAGGGAAAUUGAUUAUGGUAUAAUAUUGAAAAAGCAACAAGAU